GUAGUGCAGUACAUCAUCCGUGGACGGGCUGGGUUUAAAAACAAUUAACUGUCUAACCUGUUCGUUCUUGUACAUGAGAGGAAAGUCAGCUGUGUGUUUGAUGGCGAGAUGACUUCCGCUUUCCUCUCAGCGCUCAACAUUCUCACCAAACCUCUUUGCGAAGCGCCUGCGCGUGAUGCUCAGUCCUCACACCAAGAGGCUCUCUUGGCAGUGCUGCGAGCCAACAGAGCCCUUCUCUUGGAGCAGCUUCAAAGUGAGAGCAGCUUUGAGGAGGUGAGGAGGCUGAGGGAGGAGGCGAAGGUGGAGGCAGACUGGUUCACUAGUGAUACAGACGACGCCACAUGGGGCUUUGUCCAGGAGUGCCUCCUACUGCUCCUCACCUUAGCGCGACACCUCUGUGUUGAACUCGAACUUUUCAAGGAGACUCCCACUCCCUCUGCAGCUAAACAAUGCACCCCUGAGAUGGCCCCCCCUUUACCACCUGAUGUCCUCAGUGUCACCCAGCAGAAGUCGCUCGGAGCUGUUCUUCAGUUUGUGGUUUCUCUGGGGCUCUGCCCCUACUUGGCCCCUGGAGUAGGUGUGCCACUCGGUCACAGGUCAGCGUUUGGAGCCACGGUGGAAAAACUAGUGUGCAGCGGGACUGUGCCAGCAGUGCGCCGCCGCCUUUUCAUCACCACAAAAGUCCUAUUGCAGUUGACGGAGCUGUCAUCUCUUGCCACUUUGGUGUUCACGCGGCAUCUGGGGGAUGUGAUGGCAGCACUGUGCCAGCUUGGUUACCAGCCAGCAGAGAGAAACGGCACACAGGAGGUGAAGAUGCAGGAGCUCAGUGCUGAGGAAUGUCAAAGUUGCAAGGAGUCCCUUAAAAGCCUUUUAGGAAAAGUCUACCAGCCAAUCGUUAUCAAGGAGCUGCUGAUCCUCCAAGGCGGACCCAAACAGUCUGGGUCCGGCAGCAGGGCAGCCCUGGCACCAGCUCCGGCCUGGCUGAGGCGUCUGUGCGGUGAGCUGCUGUCUGAGCGCCUGGUGCAGCCCAGUGGUGUCCAGGCUGUAGUCAGAGCCGUCCUGGGGGGAGGAACAGGGGGCGAGUCAGACUGGAGGAAAUGUGACUGUGUGGCCAGGAUCCUGGUGACCUGCCCUCAACAGUCUGCCUCCGCAGACAGCUACUACAGACAACUCUGUCCACAGAUCCUCGACCUCCUGCACUUUAAAGACAAGCUGACAGCCCAACAGUUUCAGCGUGUGGCCACCAGGGCGGUGCUCUCUGUGGUACAGGAGAAGCCCAGCUUUGCCCAGCAGUACCUGCUCACUCCUCUGCUUGCACCUCUCCACCGCUGCAUCACUGCUUCCAACGAGGGUCAUUGCCAAGCAGCUGUGGAGGAAUGGGAGCUGACGCGUUGUAUGGAGGACGUGUACAAGAUCUGGGUGGUUGGAAACAGUCCGUCAGCUUCUCUACUCAGCGCUCUACAACAAGUUCUUCCUGUUAUCUUCACACUCUUCUGUUUCACCAAACAGAACGUCUCCCACCUACGCGCCCCCUCUCAGGAGAUUUUGCUCUGGUACCUGAGCCACACUGAGACGUGUGCAGCCCUGUCAGCACUGAGGCAGCUGUCGGGCCUGCAGGGACACAAGGUGGCAACAGACCUCCACUUCACCCCGGGCAGUGAUGGAGGAGCCAGACUCUACCCCAGAGAGAGCAGCAGUGAUGAGGAUGAUGCUCUGUAUGAGAAGCUGUCAGGGGAGCAGUGGAGGCUGGAGUGCCUGAUGCAGCUGCUGGCUGAACUGAAAGACUGUGACCUGCCUGGAGACUUCUUCCUGGACCUGCUGCAGGAGCUGACCAGCUGGGCGGCUGCAGAAGAUGAAGAGAAGGAGGACGAACAGGAGUUGGACGUGUCAGCCAUGACGCUCCUGGAGGUGGAGCAACAGCUGCUGGUGCGAGCUGCGAGGCGAGGCCAGAGACUUACUUUGCUUCAGGUGUUGGCUGUGAUGGUUGAGUCUCUGCAGCACACUGUGCUGCUGAGAAAAACCACACAGGUGGUGGACUUCAUGGUGUCUGUCCUUCAGAGGGCCUGUGUUGGUCUCGAUGAGGCCACUGGUCCAGGUCUUGGGAACCCGUUAGAGAGCCAGACGCUGAGCAUGGGGAUGGGCCUAGUCGCCACUCUGCUGUCUGGACCUCAGCUUAGUGCAGAGGACUACUCUUCUAUGUCGAGGCUGCUCCCACCACUAGAGACGCUAUCUCAGAAGCACUCUGAGGUGGUCGUCCAGGAGCUGGCAUCCAACCUCAGAGCUGUCAUUGCCACUCACGGCGCCUACUGGCCUGAAAAUCUCACCGCUGCCGCUCAGCCCUCCAGAAACCCUCAGACUACGGCAAAUAACACCAGUGUGCCUUCUAGGAGAACGCAAGAGAUGCACACUGAAGCAAACGACUCACAGACUAGUCCUCAUUCAUCUUCCACGGAUAGUACUUCACCUGGCAACACCUACGUCAGACACCCAGCAUCCUCUGGAGGGUCUGAGGCAGGAAGAAGUCCAAAAGGCAGAGAGAGGACCUCUGGCACCAGUGACCCUUGCCCCCCUACCAAGCCCUUUUCUGAUUGGCUUCUAGAGGCUUGUGACCCAGAUGUGCCAACCAGAGCGUUCGCCCUGAGGGUCCUGACCAAGAUGGUGCAGAACAGAAACCCAGAGGCCAUCCAGGCCCAGGAGAAAGUCCUCAUGCUCUUCUUAGAAAACCUGGAGCAUGAAGACUCAUUCGUCUACCUGUCAGCCAUUCAAGGUCUGGCUACAUUGGCUGAUUCCUACCCUGAAAUGAUUCUGGAAAGGCUCCUAAAAGACUUCCAACACGGUCCCUCCCUCCCAACAUCCAACAAGGAGCACUCCCUGGAAACCCGCCUCAAAGUGGGAGAAGUCCUGAUGAGGGCGAGCAGGGCUAUGGGGGAACUGGCAGCCCACUUCGGCCUUCCUCUGGUGGGUGUCUUCCUGCAGGGAACCAGGGACCCAGACCAAAGUGUUCGGGCCAGCAGCCUGUCCAACCUGGGGGAGCUCUGUCAGAGACUGGACUAUACCCUAGGACCGCUGGCUCAAGAGCUGAGCUCCUGUCUGACUGCACUGAUAAAGACUGAGAAGGAGGCAGAGGUGAGGAGAGCUGCUGUCCACGUUAUCACCAUGCUGCUCCGAGGCCUCAGCGACAAAACCACCCAGGUUCUCAGUGAUGUUUUGUUGGACCUGUACCGAGCUUUGAAGUGGGUGGUUCGCUCAGACCCAGAUGAUGUCGCAGUGCUCCAUGCCCAGCUGGCUCUGGAGGAGCUUGAUGACAUAAUGAAGAGGUCCAUCUUCCCUGAGCAGAAGCUGGAGAAAAAGAUUGUUGUCCUGCCAUAGAGCUGGAAUUUUAUUUCUGUGGAGUCUUCAUAACCCAUUCAUAGUUCGGACUUAAAGAGGACUUUAUUUUUAUGUGCUCUGCUUUUACACAGCACUAGUCCUUCAUGUGAUUUGGCUUUUAUGGCCAGGAGGUUUCAGAGGUACAGACCAACAGUCGGCAAACGGCAGCAGUUAAAUCCUGCAUGCGUAUCAAGUCUAUCCUUAAAGAAAGAAAUGGUGACCCUACACCAUUGUGUUCUGCUGUACCACCAACAAUCCACUUCCAAAAUAAAGUUUACCAUUUUCUCA